AUGUCUCAAUACAUGCAGCAAGCUCAGGCGCUGGUUCGCCAUACCACCACAGACGAGCAAGUGGAGAGUCUAAUAGACCAAGCGAAUUUGAACAUCUUCCUAACCCAUGACCACCCCGGACAGGGCAGGCCGCAUCUUGGGGAGGCGCUGCGCCAGAACGGACAGAGUGCCCGAGAGGCUCUACGCCAACGCCGGCGUAAUCAAUCGGCUCAUGAAAUUCUAUUAGAAUUCAUCCGAUACGAGUUUGAUAUCCUUGAGAGCUGGAAUCUUACUCGGCUUGGAUACAUCGUGAGCAUCGAUUCGACCGAGGUAUCGUCUGAGGGUCAAUACGAUCUCUUCGACAACAACGUCAACUUCCCUCUGAGGAGUGCUGCGGUACAAGCACGAAUACCGUUGCAACCCCGGGCGUGGUUGCGCGUUCGCUCGAUUCCUCGGCCACCACCCGUGCACGUGGCCAUCGUGAACGAUUUCCUGCAGGGGACUCUGGUUCAUUUGAGCUCUUCUGAAGAGCAUGUUCUCAUGCAGCAUGGUUUGGACCCCGGAUUCCCUGGGCAUCAGCAGCAGCGGCCUCGACCUGCUGCGGUGCAACAGUCUGUCGGUGUACCAGCUUCCCAGCAGGUUAGCCGGCCUCCACUGCAAAGGGUUCCUCAGAAUGGGGUUAACCAGUCAAUUCCGGCUGGUCCUCUUGCACAAUUCGUACGAGCACCUCCGAUGCAGCAGAGCGUCAGUCAAGUACGGCCUCAUAGGGUCAGUGCUGAUGCUCCUUCGGUUGGGGUAGGGCCAAACCACGUGCAUCAACCGACACCAGUGAACCGUGUCCACCGAGCAGGGAUUUUACCUCCUUCUGCAUUCCAAGCUGCCCCGCCUCAUAACCCAGCUCCACAAGUAGUCCAAGUCCAACCUCCAGUUACACAAACUGCCCAGGCCACAUCUCGGCCGGCACCAGCUCUCGCGGCUCAAUCAGCUCCAGCAGCUCGACCGGCACCAGUUCCAGCGGUUGCAGCGGUUCCAGCAGCGGCGCAGCAGACAACAGGGAGGCAGCCACGACAACACGUUGGCAUCAAGGACGGACCGUCACCCAACCUGCCCUUUCCACCGAAUGCCAACAUUACGCUGACAGAGAUCAUGGCCUUUGCUCCGCAGUGGAUGCGAAGCGUUGACGUGAUCAACCGAGUCAAGCAGAAUGGCGGUGGUCAGAUGGCUCUCGCUCACAUGGUUACGGCCCAUCGCAAGAACCAUGCGAAAGACAAUUCCCUGUUGAAGAUCAUGGAGGCUGAGAUGGGAGACAAGUAUCCAGGUUGGAAGCCUCACAAUUUCCAAAGGGACGAUAACUAUGCUCGGAAUAGUAUCAAUGUGACGAGACUAGGUCUUCGGACGAUGGAGCAGGCCAAUUCUCUGAAGCGAGGACAGCGUCCCAUGUACCCUAACCAUGCGAUCCCAUUCAGGCGGCUUGCAGAUAACGUCAAGCACUUCCCUGAGGGAGACGACGCGCUCGACCUGACUCGUUGCAUGCAGUACGUGGUAGACCAUCCCGCUGAGUGUGCCAACUAUCUGUUCCCAGAUAGCUAUGGUACAGUGCUGGCUCUAGUUGGCGGUGCUAACACUGUCACACAUAACCACUUGGACCGGCCCACGCUCGCUCGUUGGGCCACGAAAAGUACCAUUGGCGGCCAGCGUGCUCACGGCAAUGACCGACUGUGGAACCAGCAAUGCACCAAUCACAUAGCCAGGUAUUGGAACCAGAACGCGGCUGCACCAGGACCUGCGCUUAACAACGCUAUUGCAGCCGCGGGUCCAGUACCAGCCGCACCAGCCGCACCACCAGUCGCACCUUCCGCACCAGCUCCUGCAGUGCCACCACCUGCAAAUCCUGGCUCAAAGAAGCGCACUCGUGGCGAAGAUCCGCACGAUGGGUCAACAGCUGGCGCCAACCAAGAUGGUCAGCCUCUCAGGAAGCGUCCUCGUGCACAGAAUCUCCCGCCAUUUUCCUUUCCCGUCGGUGGCUACCCUACGGGGGCUCUGUACAGCGAGUCCUACGGCGAGCAGGAGAGGAUCGGGAGGAUGCACAAUAUGAUGCCGUCUGGUCAACAGAUCGGGAAUCAAGAGCUUUUUGGGAACCAGCCAGGUCCUGGGCACCAAGCGGCUCUGCAUCAUCAAGGCUAUCCACAGUACUCGAACGGCUUCCAGAACGUAGGGGCUUUUCGGGUUCCAGGACCUGUGCCGUAUCCACAAAGGCUUCCCGUGACUGGCCGUGCUCCGGGCCAUCAAGAGAUUGCUGAGCGCCCAGAGUUUUCCCAAGGCGAUUGGCUUCUACAGCAGCCGGUGAAUGCACAGCUUCCAGGAGUUCCAUCGUUCCCUCAAGACGAAUGGCUCUUACAGCAGCCGGUGCAUUCACAGCUUCCAGGAGGCGCAUCGUUCCAAGGACCGUCACAGCCUCAGAUGUACGGACACCAGCCUUAUAUUAGCCAGGGUUAUGGGUACCAGCCUUUUGUCGAGAACCAGCCGAUCUUCGAACACCAGCGCCACGUCGGGAACCAGCAAUUCUUCGACAGUCAGCCAAUCUUCGAGAACCAGCCGAUCUUCGAAAACCAGCCGAUCUUCGAGAACCAGCCGAUCUUCGAGAACCAGCCGAUCUUCGAGAACCAGCCGAUCUUCGAGAACCAGCCGAUCCUCGAGAACCAGCACGACGUCGGGACUCAGCCAAUCUCCGAGGACCAGCCAAUCGAUGAGAACGCGACGAUUGGCGAGGACCCGAAGCAUGAGCAGGGCCAGGAGCACGACGAGAACCAUCAACUUGUCGAGGACCAGGAGUACGGUGACGACCAGCAGUAUAUGCCGGUCGAGCAAGAUGUCCUAACUCAGCCACAGGUUCCACCCGUGGGAUACGCCCAGGCUGUGCCAUACGUUCCAGAGGGAUACGCCCCGGCUAGGCCUUACGUUCCACCCGAAGAGUAUACUACCACUGGCCCAUUCGUUGCUCCCCCGGGAUACGCCCCGGCGAGGCCAUACGUUCCGCCUGAGCACAACGUAUCAGCUCAGCAAGAAGUCGUCAACCAGGAAGACGGGACGAAUCAGCAGGACUCCGAGGCUGUAACUCGGUCGGCGGAGCGAUCGAACAAACGCGCCCGUCAGACCGACCCAAAGCCCUCUAGUAGGAAGCGAGCUCGUCUCUCAGAGCCUGACCGCACUAGCGAUGCGAAUUCUGAGAGCGUUUAUGACGGCGAAAGCAUCACGGGCGAAGAGGUCGACGCUACCGUUCCUGGAUCCUGA